CUGCAGGGAUCUCUCAUGAGAAAAUACAACAGAUCAUCCUCAUCCCACCCCCCACCCCCGCGGUGCUCGGUGUAGAGGAGUGUACAUGUUCGGCGGUGGAGAUAGUCCUAGCUGAGGUGAUCUGACACACGGAAGAGGCGCAGUCAACUAUAUAGCAGUCAGGUAACCGAAAAGUGAACCGGUGUGUGCGCAGCCCAAAACGCCCUCUAAACCCGAGAGUGGCGAGGAGGGACGAAGAGGAAAAUAAGAAAGGAAAUCCCUCCGUGCUCUGACAAGGAAGAUAGACUGCGUAUUGCAACGCAAAGAUGGGGAACCGGGGAAUGGAGGAUUUGAUUCCUCUGGUGAACCGCAUGCAGGAUGCCUUCUCUGCCAUCGGGCAGAACGCAAACCUGGACCUGCCCCAGAUCGCCGUGGUGGGCGGCCAGAGUGCGGGGAAGAGCUCGGUGCUGGAGAACUUCGUCGGGAAGGAUUUCCUUCCCCGCGGUUCUGGCAUUGUGACUCGUCGUCCUUUGGUUCUGCAGCUGAUGAACUGUCCCACAGAACAUGCUGAGUUCCUCCACUGUAAGGGCAAAAAGUUCACAGAUUUUGAUGAGGUCCGGCAGGAGAUCGAGGCAGAGACUGACCGGAUCACCGGGGCCAAUAAGGGCAUCUCCCCUGUGCCCAUCAACCUGCGUGUCUACUCCCCUAAUGUGCUGAACCUGACCCUGGUGGAUCUACCGGGGAUGACCAAGGUGCCGGUGGGCGACCAACCCGCAGACAUCGAGGCCCAGAUCAGAGAAAUGCUGAUGCAGUUUGUCACCAAGGACAACUGCCUAAUGCUGGCCGUCUCCCCGGCCAACUCUGAUUUGGCCAAUUCUGAUGCUUUAAAGAUUGCCAAAGAGGUCGACCCUCAGGGUAUGAGGACCAUUGGUGUGAUCACCAAGCUGGACCUGAUGGACGAGGGGACAGAUGCUAAGGACAUCCUGGAGAAUAAGUUGCUUCCACUCAGGAGGGGUUACAUCGGUGUGGUGAACAGGAGCCAGAAAGACAUAGAUGGCCGGAAGGACAUCAAUGCCGCCAUGGCUGCUGAGAGGAAGUUCUUUCUCUCCCACCCUGCGUACAGACACCUGGCCGACCGUAUGGGCACUCCCUACCUACAGAAAGUCCUCAAUCAGCAACUGACCAACCACAUCCGGGACACCCUGCCGGGUCUGCGGGCCAAGCUGCAGAGUCAGCUUCUCUCCAUAGAGAAGGAGGUGGACGAGUACAAGAACUUCAGACCUGAUGAUCCAUCUCGCAAGACCAAGGCUCUGCUCCAGAUGGUGCAGCAGUUCUCUGUGGACUUUGAGAAGUGUAUAGAGGGCUCUGGGGACCAGAUUGACACAGCCGAGCUGUCAGGUGGUGCCAGGAUCAAUCGCAUCUUCCAUGAACGCUUCCCCUUUGAACUGGUCAAGAUGGAGUUUGAUGAGAAAGAGCUCCGCAAGGAGAUCAGCUACGCCAUCAAGAACAUUCAUGGAAUCAGAACUGGCCUCUUCACCCCGGACAUGGCCUUUGAGACCAUUGUGAAAAGGCAGAUUGGGAAGAUUAAAGAGCCUUGCACCAAAUGUGUGGACAUGGUCAUUUCUGAGCUAGUGAAUACGGUUAGGCAGUGUACCAAGAAGCUGGCUCAGUAUCCCAUGUUGAGAGAGGAGAUGGAGAGAAUCGUCACCCAGCACAUCAGGGACAGAGAAAGCCGCACUAAGGGCCAGGUGUUGCUGUUGAUAGACAUUGAGUUGUCCUACAUGAACACCAACCAUGAGGACUUCAUUGGAUUUGCCAACGCUCAGCAGAGGAUCAGCCAGAUGAACAAGAAGAAGACAGCUGGCAACCAGGAUGAGAUCAUGCCGGAGAGAGGAGUUAGCGAUCGGUUCAAGGUGAUCCGAAAGGGCUGGCUGACCAUCAACAACAUCGGCAUCAUGAAGGGAGGUGCCAAGGAGUACUGGUUUGUCCUCACCGCAGAGUCCCUGUCCUGGUAUAAAGAUGAUGAGGAGAAGGAGAAGAAGUACAUGCUGCAGGUGGACAACCUGAAGCUGCGCGAUGUGGAGAAAGGCUUCAUGUCCAGCAAGCAUAUCUUUGCCCUCUUCAACACCGAACAGAGGAAUGUGUAUAAGGACUACCGUCAGCUGGAGUUGGCCUGUGAGAGUCAGGAAGAUAUUGAUGCUUGGAAGGCCUCCUUCCUCAGAGCGGGAGUUUAUCCUGAGCGGGUCACAAGUGACGGCGGUGAUGAAAAUGGCUCCGACAACUUAAUGCACAGCAUGGACCCACAGCUGGAGCGGCAGGUGGAGACCAUUCGUAACCUGGUUGACUCCUACAUGGCCAUCGUCAACAAGACCGUCCGUGACUUAAUGCCCAAGACCAUCAUGCACCUCAUGAUUAACAAUACUAAGGAGUUCAUCAAUGCAGAGCUGCUGGCCCACCUGUACUCGUGUGGUGACCAGAACUCUCUGAUGGAGGAGUCUCAGGAGCAGGCCCAGCACCGUGACGAGAUGCUGCGGAUGUACCACGCCCUGCGGGAGGCCCUCAGCAUCAUCGGUGACAUCAGCACAACCACCAUAAGCACCACCAUGCCGCCUCCCGUGGAUGACUCCUGGCUGCAGGUGCAGCGGGGGAGCCCCGUAGGAAGGUCUCCAGCCACCAGUCCAACUCCAAACCGCAGGGCUCCACCGGGACCUCCGGCCCGCCCAGGCUCUCGUGGGCCUCCACCUGGGCCUCCUCCUGCUGGAGGACCCCCUGUCCCGUCUCGCCCGGGCGCUUCUCCAGACCCUUACAGUGGGCCACCACCCACUGUGCCCUCCCGGCCUAACCGUGCACCCCCAAGUGUGCCCAGUCGGAGACCCCCACCUUCUCCAACCCACUAGACCUCUGAGCUCCUCCCUCCCUCCUUCGUCCAUCCGUCCCACCUCUGGAUGAGAGGCCAUGGACAACAGUGCCACCUUCCUGUCGUUUUCUGCCACACCCGACCUGAGCCGGCUCCCUUACAACAAGCCAUGUCUCUCUCUCUCUCUCUCUCUCUCCCAGCCCCCCCACCCCCCAACACCCUCCACCCCUCUGUUUCAUACAGACAUGCAGAAUACUUGAAACACACCUGCAUGACUGACAUACGAACAUGCUGCACCCUCAGAAUUCCAAUGAACUAUGUAGAGAAUAUCAAAUAAUUGAUAAGAAACACGUUUGUGAGUGUAUGCGCACCCGCAUGCAUGCACACCUGCUUACAUAAAUACAGCACACACACAUAUAUAUAUAUAUAUAUAUAUACAAGCAAAUACAUACAGAAUAUUUGCUUUCAAAGAUGGGAUGACAAAUUUAGCAUGACUUUUUGCCUGAGUAUACUCUAGCCUUUCUAAGGGGUAUUCUGGCUGCUGAUUGACUUAAUUUUUCUCUUACUAAGAUUUGCUUUAUCUUGUGUUUAUUUUUGACUUAUUUUCUGUUUUUAUAUAAACUUAAAAUAUAAGUUUUGUGCCACUAACUCACCUUUUGUUGCCUGUCAUGCUCUGAGAAACAUUUUUAACCAGAUGUCUUUAAAAAAUGGUAGCUACUUUAGGAUAAAACAGGACAGUGAACAGCAAAACAAUAUCAGAACAUCUAUAACAAACUGUCUGUGUAUGUUCUGUGAGCAUAUUUUGGUGAUAAUACAUGUUUUUCUUUUUUUUACAACAUAUUUAUUAAGUUGCUGGAUCCCAGAGAUUUUGUUUUGAAAUUAGUUUCUUUUUAUAAAAAUGUUACUGAAGCUCUGAUCUCUGUGAAGUCAUGUGGGAAAAUGCUUCUUUCCCUCACAGCCUUUCAGGCUCUGAGGUGAAAUCCGAUGUAUGUUCUAUGUAUGUAUAUUCUCUUUCACUUCACCCUGCCAUGUAAGGCCUUCUCUUAUUUUUUCUCUGUUUCUACUCUUUUCACUGAACAGCCGGCCAAACAAGAUCGCCUUCCUACCCCCCCCCCCCCCCCUACUUCCUCUCCUCUAAAAAAACUCAUCACAUCACUCAGCUCACAUGAGGGAGGAGGGCUUUAAUGAAAUAAGGGGGAGAGGAUCACUUACACACUCCUCACCCUCAGUUACUUAUACAUGCAGGGGCUACUGCUAUACAUCCUUUCUUUCCCUCAUCAUCCUCCUCGUCCUCCCCUUGCACUAGGACAGGAGGAGCAAUCGAGGGACCUUAUGCCUGUUGUAGACUCCAAAUAGUCCACAUAACUGUAAAAUCACACAUGUAUGUGUAUCACAACCACCUCUUGAAAACGCUGUGCUUCCACAGAUCCUAUGCAACAAAGAAAAUAGUUUCCCAAUCUUUUUUUGGCUUAAAGAGGCGCCUCCCAUCGCACCUUUCCCACUCUCCUCCUCUCCUCUUCAAAAACUUUUAACUACUGUUAUCUUAUCAAGGCGGGAUCUAAAUAGAAAGUGUAGUACAUGCAGGACCUUCUGGUCCUUCUGCACACAACUCCAUGACACUAAUCAUACAAAAAUCGGUGUACAUUUUAAACUGAGAGGAAGGAAAUAUGUGACCUGGAUUGCACCCUGUGACUGUUAAUAAUUUCCAUAUACAUGUUUUUUAAUGAGAGGGAUUGAGAUCCCUAACAGGAAAGGUUUUAAAUAUUUGGAGUGUGUUUCUAAGUCAGCUUCGAUCACGUUAUGCAUCACAUAGUCUGAUAUACUGAUGGGAAAACUUUCAGCGUUUUAUUCAGGUCUGCCAUUCAUUCAUUCAUUCCGUUUUUCUUUUCUUCCUUCUCUCAGUGGUCAUGGGGGUGAGUGAGAACAUGAAAACAACUACAGUCUAUGCAUAAAACUGUCAAACGCUCCUCCUAUUUCACCCUCACGUCGCUGUCUGAGAGCCUGUGAGUUGAACCCAUCUUUUCACAACCUGUUUUGCCACAGAACUCUGCUGUCAGUGUGAUGUGUUGUAUUUUGCCCCCGAUCAAAAACAACCAACCCACCAGCCACAAAAACCCAUAUCUGUACCUCAACUGAUGUCAUUAUACACUUCAGUGACCCCUUGUGCAUCUUAGUACUCCUCAACUUCAACAUAAACCCAACAAAGAAUUAUUCUACUUAUUAUUAAACAGUAAAUACUUUAUUAUCGACAUAUCUUAAUGUGUUCUUAUGUAUAUGUGUGGUGCAUCUUAUGGGACUUGUACUUCCACUGUCUAGAGAUUUUAGUCUGCAAUGUAUGAAAUUGCUGGGUAUUUAAAUUAUUAUGAAUAAACAAGAAUAUGUAUAAGGAAAUAAUAUUUGAAAAACUUAUUAAAAUGUGUAAUGCAGUGAUGUAUAUGGACGUUGGCAGGUUGUUUGACUUUAGCUUGUACCAGAGAGGGUUUUUUUUGUUGUUGUUUUUCUCACCUCUCAGAGCAGGGAGGGACAGUGUGAAUGUGUGAAGUCCUGCAGCAACAAGGUCCUGCAUCUUGUUCAAUCUGCUGUGGAUGAAUCAAUGACUUUACCCCGCAGGACUGCUGCGCUUUGUCAACACAUUAAAAACCUGAGUGUACUGAA